AUGCUUGAAAUUCAAUCUCAUUCGUGCUCGCAAUCCGAUCGCAUCUGUGCUUGCAAUCUUAUCUCAUCCGUGCUUGCAAUCUCAUCUCAUCCGUGCUCGCAAUCUGAGCUCUGCCGUGCUUGCAUUCCGCCCUCUCUCGUCCUCGCAUUCGGCUCUUCCAUCAUGGCCUUCCGCUACCUACCAUACGCGAAUUCGGCUCCCUCCUGUGCUCGCAUCAUGUCGCCUCAUCCGAGCACAGCAGAGCGCGACAUUGUGGUGCCUCCUCCCAUCCUUCGACGCACCCUCCUAUCCUUACCUGCUUAUCCAUCUCUCAUCUGCUUAUCUGCCACCUCCUCAUGUUCUCCGUCUCCUCUCCUUCUCUUCCCCUUCCUCUUCUUCUCUACCCCUUCCUCUCCUUCUCUGCCCCUUCCUCUCCUCCUCUGUCCCUUUCUCUCCUCCUCUGUCCCUUCCUCUCCUCCUCUGUCCCUUCCUCUCCUUCUCUUCCCCUUCCUCUCCUUCUCUGCCCCUUCCUCUCCUUAUCUGCCUCCUCUCCUUCUCUGCGCCUUCCUCUCCUUCUCUGCCCCUUCUUCUCCUCUGUUCCUUCCUCUCCUUCCCUGCCCCUUCCUCUCCUUCUCUGCCCCUUCCUCUCCUGCUCCUCCCCCUCCUCUUCUCCUCUGUCCCCUCUGCCCUUACUCGCCCACUUCUCUCCUUUCCUGUCCUCUUGGUUUCUAUUAUGUUGCCUCAACGCACCCAUCAUGCAGUGGUGCGAAUUGUAUAUGUCAAAAAUGUGGAAGGGAUGUCAAGACGCGGCAAGCACUGCUGGGUCACAUGACCAACCCGGUUUGCGAGGCAACUGCCGCAGCUCAGAGAACCACACGACAGUCCCCCGAAGCGCGUGGGUCCAAGGGUGCUCGCCCAACCAUCUGUUCCAUCAUUGUCUUUGAGUGGUGA